AUGCCUUCUCUCAAGAACACCUGCUUUGUUGUUCUGUCUUUCCUUGCGCAUAGCGCAGUGGCCACCCCUUCUGGCCCAACCCCAGAGAGAUCUGUCCAAGACAUUGACACCGUUGUCUACAUCCGCAGUGAUGACUCUGGAUUCUACAAAUCUCAAGACAUGACCCAGGCUGUCAAGGCCAAGCACGCGGCCCUUCCCCUCCACAAACGCUCCUCUGCCAAGGUUGAAGCCUGUUUCUCGCCCCAGUGCACAAACUGCAGAGUUAUCUACGACGGUAGCCUCAGCAGCAAUUCGCCGUGUGUUCAAGCCGUCAACACCGCCUGCCUUAUUGUGUCAAACCUCAACGACGCCAAGAUCCAGGCCUGGAACAAAGCAGGAUGCAACGGAAACAAGUCCACCUUUCGUGGCUGUGGUGCGCGCACCAAUUUUGCUGCUCCUGGCACCAAUUCUAUUGGUGUUCACAUUGGCUGCAGCUGA